AGGCAGCUGCUGCUGUAGUUGUUCUCAGUCUCACUCCGUGUCGGGAUCUGGAUGUGUCUGACUGGUACCAGUGCUACACCCCCUGGAUCUAGUGGAUCUUACUGACCGUGCCCAGGAGCAGCAGAAGGUAAAUUGAGAACCAUGGGAAUGACUGUAAAACGCAACAUCUGGCUACACACACAUUCUGUAACAGCCCCUGCAGUGCCACAGCCCAGCCAGAGGACCUAGAACCAAAAUCAGUGACAAGUCCCCGAGCCCUAAACUUCAAGGGUUAAGUGGGAGAAACCUUCCUGCUUGUGAGCAACCUUCUGUAUGGUACAUCUAACAUUACCAGCCUUAGAAACGGGAAUGGUAAAUAACCGGACAUCGGAAGCCACCACCACGUCAGUCAGCAGUAAUGGCUCCCCUCCCAAAGCCUGCGCUGGCUGCGGGGGGAAGAUUGCCGACAGAUUCCUCCUUUACUCCAUGGACCGGUAUUGGCACACCCGAUGCCUCAAGUGUUCCUGCUGCCAGGCUCAGCUCGGUGAAAUCGGCACUUCAUGUUAUACGAAGAGUGGCAUGAUCCUGUGCCGAAACGACUACAUCCGGUUAUUUGGCAGCAGCGGGGCCUGCAGUGCGUGCGGACAGUCCAUCCCAGCCAGCGAAAUGGUGAUGCGGGCACAAGGGAGCGUCUAUCACCUGAAGUGUUUCACAUGUGCUACAUGCAGAAACAGAUUGGUACCGGGAGACCGGUUUCACUACAUCAAUGGCACCAUCUUCUGCGAACACGACCGGCCCUCGGGUCUUCUUAAUGGCCAUUUAAAUUCUCUUCAGAGUAGCCCCAUGCUACCUGACCAGAAAGUUUGUUAAGAGACUGCAAGCAGUGUAUCCUCUGUGCCUUCUGUUAAUAUUUCCUCGGAGACACAUUGUUGGCAUAUAUAAAUAUCUAUAAAUAUAUAUAUUUUUUCCUCCUUUCCACGUUUUUGCUCUAUUUUUGGCGUGGUGUUUACCCACGACUGGGCGCUGUUCAAAACAGCUACUUAUUUUUGACCCCCGAGGAGGAUAAAGAACUUGUAAAUGACCUGUAAAAAGAAAAUUAUUUUGCAAAGUACGACCUGGAGAAAGUUUUUGGACUGUGAAUGUUGGAAGGCAGACUUCAUGGUGUAUAUAGGACAUGUCAAAUCCCCACACCCUGGCUUUGUGCAUCACUGGUGACAUCACAGCAAGGACUGGCCAAUCAGAAGCAGCUGCUCUCCUUUGGGGGGCCAACGCACUGAAAUCUGUAGCCUGUGCCGUUCUCUAGUAAUGAUGGUGCUACUGAGAAAUUGGGGACUCCAGCCUUCAAGGAUAUGCCUGGCUUUAAAAGCCAUCUGGGGAAAAGGGCCUGGUUUGAGUCGUGUCAUCCAGGACAAUGCUACACAGACAGCCCACAUGACCAGGCUACACGGAUUCUGUACCUCUGCACGUAUAGCCAGCACAUGAAUAAGGGGAAAAUGUACUAAGCGGUGAAAAGAAUGGAGUAGUUGCCCAUGGCAACCAGUUGGCUGCUCUGUAUAAUUGUAUACUAUGCAAAUUAUAAAUGUUACUUCAAUGCUGAUUGGUUGCCAUGGGCAACUUCUCCACUGGCUCACUUUUUCACUGCUUAGUAUAUGUCCCCCUUACUCCAGUCCUGUGAAAGGGUUUCUUGAACCAUUGGAGGAAUUCUACCACUGACUGUAUGUGAUCUGAACGAAAACUGUACACAGUAUAUUCAUUUACCUUUCUUCUGUACAGCACCACACACUGUCAGCACCCUGGUUUUUUUUUUUUUUUUUGUAUUCUCAAGUGAAAUGUUUAAUUUAUAAGAUUUCUAAAACGUCUGUCACAAGCUUCUCGUUUGGGAAGCUGCAAUUGGAACAUUACGUGGUUCUUACAAUAGGUGUCUAGAAAGGAUUUCAAUAAAAUCUGUUGGCUGCAUGAAUGUGUUCAUUA